AUUUUCCAGCGAAUCGCUCAAUUGGAUAGUGACUGGCACAGUGCUCGGUCGUACUUCUCUGCAAGAGCUCACCUUCCGAGCUAACAAUAGACUCCACUUUUCCGUCGAAAAACGUGCCUUGUAGUAUCCUCAACUGGACAGUGAAAGUGAUAAGACAAAGUACAAGUGUGUGCUGUGAAAAUUGAUAUUAAUUGAGAGAUAUUUCCGUGGAAUUGGUGCUGCACGUCAUCACGUUCACUUUUGGAUACCCAACCUUCGGCAUAGGAAAUUCCAUAGUCGCAAUGAAGUAGAAUUGGCCGGAUUUGGCGGAGUUCUGGAUCUUGAGAAACCUCGUGGCGCUCCUUCAAGUAAAUCCGCAUCGUCUCUGGUGCACCUACAUCAACUUAAGAUUUCGUUGGCAUGCAUAGACUCAGCACUGAAUGAUGGCCCAUCGCAAUCGACACAGAAGCAAUUGUGAUCCAGUAUGGAUCUCACUUUUAGCUGUGUUUCACUUGGCACUCCUCGCCAGUGCGGCCACUAUCAAAAGAGAAAUCACAUCUCCAGAGCCAUCGAGUGCAGUGGCCAGUGGCAGCUCAGGCGGCGGUGCAGUUUCACCUGGGAGCACCACGGACGCCCCAGCGAGCGUCGCUGACUCGGAAAAGGAGAAAAUUGUCAAUGGCAGUUCAACGGAAGCGUUACCUAACGCAACAGACGAGCCGUUUGUCUUUGACUUGAGCAGGUACACAUCACCUUACGGAGAAAAUGCAAUUAGCCCUGCAAAGAGAGAAACUGAUGUCGACGAUAAAAGUGAGAAGGCAGCCGAUGAGAAGGACUACGAGAAGAUGUUUGAUGAAAUGGACCUCACGACACCAUCUUCGCCAGAGUUUGAUGAACUACACAAGAUGUAUCGCUCGGACAAGGUGGUCAAUGAUGAUGGGAGCGAAGAAGAAAGUGUGGCGACCACAACGGAAGGUAGUUAUUUGACUAAUCUGGUGUUGAGCGCCACUGAAGCGAAUAACAAUGGAAGUAGCGAAAAGAAUUCAUCUCUCUACUACAACAAUGGCGAAAUAGAGACCAAAAACUACGACAUCAGCACCAAUGAGUUGAGAAAAGUUGACGCCAAUGCGACGAGUGAGAGUGCAGAGAAGAGGGCCAAGUAUUUGAGGCCCACCGGCCAGCACCGGGCGGCGAUCAUCAGCGCUGAAGGGCACGAUGUCGCCCCCACGGAAGAAUCCGAUAUGAAUCUCAACAUACCCAACACAGCAGAAGUGUGGGCUCUGGCUGGGAUGAAGAGUGUGGAGCACAUGAAGAGCAAAUUCAAUCAGUUCUUCAACAAGACUUCCGAAAGUCUGACCGAUGGGAUUGGGGUGAACACCACGUCAGCCACGAAACUGCUGGCUGACUGGACGGAGAUCAUGAAAAACAACGAAUUCAGCAACAGCUCAGUGGUGCCCAGUGGCGACCUGGAGGAGAAGAUGACAGGGAAUAAGAGUGAGGCGACCUCAGAGCAGCUGGCCGGGGAGAACAAUGUAAUCUCUGUGCUGAUGACGACACAGCAGCCGGCCAAAGAGAGCUCUGAGAACUCAGUGAGCGCCACCAAAGAAAGUCCAAGUGAGACAAUGAACGAUUUAGAAAGAGCGCCGGUCUUGAAUUAUGAUUUAGUGGCGCGGGAUGAGGAGGAAAGUGAGAAGAGUGAAAGUGUCCAGCCAACAGAGACCACCAUUGAGAUGGAGAUAACUACCCAAAGUGUCGCCACGACAGUGGCUGAAGAUGAAGAUUCAGCCACAAGCACAGCUCUCUAUACCGGAGGCGGUACAGAUGUAGAGUACACCACGAGUGAUAUUACUAAUCCAAUGACAAUAGCUCCAGCCGGCAACACUGACGAGGGCAGCACGACUACAGAGGCUCCAGUAUCGGAGAGUUCUAGUGAAGAACAGAAGACCUCAACAAAGACUGUCACGGUGACGAGUGAGGAGCCCACGACCAUCUCCAAUGCGAUUCCAACGGUCACUCCAACUGAACAAUCCGACAUCAAUCAAUCCGCAACAAUUGAGACAAAGGAGAAUGAGGUGACCACUGACAAAGGCAGCACAACGGAAAGUUCAACGGAACGAAGUGAUCAGCUCAAGUCAACUGAAGAUUUCAAUGAGGUGAAGUACCUGCCCUUCCCCACGUCCAAUCGGAAUCUCUGGAAUGCGUCUGAUGAGCCACUAUUUGAUUCCACGGCCCGCGACGAGCAGAAGUUGACUACAGUUGAGCCAGGCCAAGAGGAUGGAGGUCAAUCCAUGCCAGAAGAAGGUGCCGAUGUGAACACGAUAAUUGCGGCAACAGUUAGCGUAAUUGUGGUGAUUGGAGUAAUCGUCUUGGUGGGAUUUUUGGUUGUUCUGAGGAAGAGGCAGAAGCAGCUCACUUAUGGCCAGAGAUGUAGGCCAGUGGGAUUGGAUGCGUACAGUCUGGAUAAUGUGUCUGUGUACAACAGUGUCCGUAGGAAGGGAAACAACCUUCGCCUGUCCAAAAGAUCCUAUGGAAAUUCAGCUUUUGAAGAUCCUGGAUUACGCUGCAAUCUUUUGACAGUAUUAGCUCUUGACUCGUUUGCCCAGGACAAGGAUAAGAUUUACGAAGAAUUCAAGGAAAUUCCCCUUGUUACAGCCAGAGUGGAUGAAGUUCCCCAAGGAUGUGAGGACAAGAACAGGUACGCUAACGUAGUCCCACUCCCAGAGACCAGAGUCCACUUGAAACAGCUGAACGGGGACGAAAAAACCGAGUACAUCAAUGCGAACUUCGUGAAAGGACCAAAAGAUCCAGACAAUCAUUACAUUGCUUGUCAGGCCCCGAUGGAGAACACAAUCAUCGACUUCUGGCGGAUGAUAUGGGAGCAGAGCUCGCGAGUGAUCAUCAUGGCGACGGAUUUGACUGAGAACGGCAUCGAGAAGUGCGCAGAGUAUUUGCCUCCAUCUUCAGUGCUGGACUGCAAUAGGAUUUUCGGAGAUUUCCAUGUGACACUGAAGAAUCGAGAGGUGAAGGAUAAGUACGCUGUAUCGACCAUCCACUUGAAGAACUCCGCCACCAAGACUUGGCGCGAGAUCAUGCAUUUCUGGUAUCAGUGGCCAGAGAGCGGAAUACCCACGGAUGAAUCGAGUGCGAUUGCUAUGCUGCUGGAGGCGAGGACGUACUUGAAGACGCCGCUGCCGGAACAGAGCGAGGACGUUUCAAGCGAUGCGGUUGAUGAGACGAAGACCAACGGAGAUGUCGCGGAUAAGAGCAAAUCUCUUCAACGAACUCAAGGACCAAUGACUGUUCACUGCUCUCCUGGCACUGGUCGGACAGGCACACUCAUUGCCUGUGAUAUAGCUUUAAGGACACUUGAGGCGCCCGCGAGAUCCGUCGAUCUUCCCCAGAUUGUGUACUACGUGCGUCGAGGUCGAGCCAGUGCUAUUCGGACGCAGGAUCAGUAUGAAUUUAUCUACCGAGUGGCGAAUGCCUACGCGACCAAACUCACGAGUCCUACCCAAGAGAAUUGAGUCAUUCCACAGCACACCUUCGAGGAAACCUUCAUGUGAUACUGAUCAACUUUAGCGAACGGAAAGCAUUCUGAAUUAUCUAUAGAGAUUAUUGCAAUGGAUUCGCUGUGUAGAAAAAUACUGAUGAGGCCUUAGGUCAUGUGUUACUACAGCAUAAACGUUAUAUGUAUCGCGUUCAUUUACAACUUGUUAGAUAAAUGUUAAAUUGUAUGUACAUAGUGUAAGUGUACAGCUGAGACGAGAAGCACUCAUAUGUAGCAAAAUUAUGUAAAUAUUGAGGACACUGAUGUCCUGUUGGACACCUUCAUUGGGAUAUAUUGUUCAGAAAUCUCUUCCACGCAGCAUUGAGAGUGAUUGUAUCAAAAAUACUACUUUCUGAAUCACUAUAUUUGUUGCAUAAUGUAAUUAUUCCUACGUGGUAAAGACUUUGUAUAUGAGAUAGAGUAUAAAGAAUAGACCAGAGAAACAAAGAAACUUUCUCAAGCCUACCUUA